AUGUCCGCCGCCAACAUGUCCGCCGUCAACAUGUCCGCCGCCAACAUGGCCGCCAACAUGGGCGCCAACAUGAGCGCCAACAUGUCCGCCGCCAACAUGGCCACCAACAUGGCCGCCGCCAACAUGGCCGCCGCCAACAUGUCUGCCGCCAACAUGGCCACCACCAACAUGGCCGCCGCCAACAUGGCCGCCGCCAACAUGUCUGCCGCCAACAUGGCCGCCACCAACAUGGCCGCCACCAACAUGGCCGCCAACAUGGGCGCCAACAUGGGCGCCAACAUGUCCGCCGCCAACAUGUCCGCUGCCAACAUGUCCGCCGCCAACAUGGCCACCACCAACAUGGCCACCACCAACAUGUCCGCCGCCAACACGGGCGCCAACAUGGCCGCCGCCAACAUGUCCGCCGCCAACAUGGCCUCCACCAACAUGUCCGCCGCCAACAUGGCCGCCAAUAUGUCCGCCACCAACAUGUCUGCCGCCAACAUGGCCGCCGCCAACAUGGGCGCCAACAUGUCCGCCGCCAACAUGUCCACCGCCAACAUGGUCGCCACCAACAUGGCCACCACCAACAUGGCCGCCGCCAACACGGGCGCCAACAUGGCCGCCGCCAACAUGUCCGCCGCCAACAUGGCCGCCGGCGGCUCUAAUUGUUGA